UCUCAUCUAGCGCACCGACAUAUUCGCCGCGUUCGAAUUUCGAAUUGUUUGUUUUUAAAUAAAUCAACUGUUCUCGUGAUGCCGCUGCCAUUAUAUGACACAAUUUCCACGACUUCGCAGUCGCGAGCGGAGUCCAUAUUUACAAAAUGCUGCUGCUGCAUUCCACUGAGGCUUGGAUGUUUCAUCCUCGGAUAUUUAAAUCUGGUAUUCAACACCUACCAUACGCUAGCCCUGCUAACUCUGACCACCUACAUCGGCAUCACGACCCACGGCUUCGACCACUUUGACUCUGACCGUCCCAACAUGGUCUCAGACCAGGUGCCAGACAUCGAGUCUGUUGAGAGACCCUUUCUCAACCAAGUGGGGAUACUGCUCAUGGUGGUGCUCUGCGCUAAUAUUGCUUGGCUGAUGAUCAAUGUGGCCUGUCUUGUGGGACUGCAUAAGAAAAGUCUCGGCCCGAUCCGCGUGUACAUCGGCUUCGCGACCGUACGACUGCUGUUGUCUCUCGCCGGCUUUGUCUACCUCGUGAUGUCAUGCAGCGCUGGCACUCAGACCAUCAUCAUCCACAGCUUGGAUCUUGGUCUCGCAGCCUACUUCAUCCUGGUGUACUACGUCUACGCGAUCCACCUGGAGCGUGAACUGGACCAGACCCGGCCCGGGCCUACUAAAGACAUCUUCGUUCAUCCCGUCAAGAUCGAUAAGGAGAAGCUCGUUCUGUAAAUAGCUCCAUAUUUCCAGCACCACACCACACUCUCUAUGAGAAUCACUCUAGAGUUACACCAAGAAAAAUUUGCAGCGACUCUGGUAGUAGCCCACGCAGUGCAAGAGUUAUUUUUAAACGUCAAACUUCUAUGAAAUUAUGACCAGUAAUAUAUGCCUUGUCGAAAAAACGCUUGGUCCGCCAAGCGUAUAAACUCCACGGCCACGUUGACGUCAUACAUUUUAUUGUAAUUAAUCAAUGUAUUUUACCAGCGUCAGCGUCCGGCGUACAUGCUCGGAGCGUGCGUUACACGGCCGUGGCACCACAAACUUUUUUUUUCUUUCUCCAUUAUUGCACAAAUAAGUUCACAGACUCGUGUCUCAGAGCGGAUGGCACUCGCGCGCGCAGUGGUCCCAACCGGUCUGAGAUAUCGUGUCCGUGAACAGUGUCUGUGUGUGCGUUGCUCGACCGCACUUUGUAUGUAGAUUGAUUUCUGUACCUAUCUGUUUUGUGGUGGCACUGUGUACGGUAUUAAAAUCGCUGCAGACUUUUCUUGGUCUAACUCUAAAUAUUAAGUUAACGUAUUAAACGAAUCACUAUUAAGGAAAUGAAAUCUCAAACUGUUUUAAAUAUAAGUUAAUAUUAAAAAAUGUAUUAAAAGUAUUACUAUUCCUGAACCAGGCAAGCUAAUCGUAAGCAUGUGAUGUAGGUAUUUAUAAAAAUAAUUAACAUUAUUGUAUACAAAACGAGAUUAAGAUUUUAUGUCAAAAUAAAUGAGUAUAAAUUGUUACUGUUUGAAAACUAUUCAUAUUGUAACUUUCUAAUUAAGUAGGUACUUUAUUUUUCUUCUGUGUAUUUCUUUUCUAAUAUGUUAAAUAUGUUAUUUGUUUUUAAACUAGUACUUAAAUAAAAUAUUGCGUAAGA